GUUAUACCGAAUUGCUCGCGGCCUGUUUUAACAGCCAGCUCUGGACUGCAGCGAGCUGGAGCCAAGAGCACAGCUCACAAACGCGGCGCAGGCGUGCCUACGCUAAUCUACACGCCCGCAGUGGUCCUCACGACUCACAACAGGACGCUACAGAGGAACGAAGAGACGCAACGCCUCGCCGCACAGCCUGCACACUCUCCUUGAGCAGUGGUGCUUGUUGAGGACUCAGCGCGCCACACCUCCGGAGCAGUGGUGCUUGUCGAGGACUCGUAGCCCCCGAGACGUUUGCAAUGAUGCGCCUCGGCCUCACCUUAACCGUGCUGCGCUCGGCGCGCGCGCUGCGGCAGCUCACGCGACGGCACGCCAGUGCGAGUGCAGGCGAGAAGAAGCGCGUCGUCUUCCUGGGCAGCCCGGGCGUCGCGGCGCUUACCCUAGGACGCUUGCUCGACGCCGAUUCCAAUUUCGAGGUCGUCGCGGCCGUGAGCCAGCCGCCCGCCCCGAAGGGUCGCAAGCGCGUCCUGCAGCCCUGCGAGGUGCAGGCUUUAGCCGAGGAGCGCGGCCUACGAUGCCUGACGCCGGCGAAGGCGCGCGAUCCGGACUUUCUGGACGAGCUUUCAGCAUUAAAACCGGACGUGUGCGUGACGGCGGCCUAUGGGCAAUUCCUGCCCAAGAGCUUUUUGAGCAUACCAUCGCUGGGCACGCUAAACAUCCACCCUUCGUUACUCCCGCGGUGGCGCGGCGCGGCGCCGGUGCAGCGGUCUCUGGAAAAUGGCGACGAGAAAGUGGGCGUCACUGUUUUACAAACGGUCCUGAAGAUGGACGCCGGCCCCAUCGCCGCUCAAAGUGUACCUAGACCCGUCACGGAGGGCGACACGGCCGCGACUUUACUCGACGAGUUGUUUAACGAGGGCUGCGACCUGCUCAUAAAUGACGUGCUCCCUUCACUGUUCGACGGGUCGCUUGAAAUGCGGGAACAAAAUGACGAUGACGUGACGGAGGCGCCCAAACUCACGAAGGACGAGGGCUUUCUGAACAUACACGAGUCUCCGGACGCGCGGUCCGUCGCGGAGGCGUGCCGCGAUAAAGUGAGAGCCUUCGCGCCUUGGCCGGGCACGUUCCUCAACGUCCGGGCGGGCGACGCGGCGUAUCGGCUGAAGGUGCUCGAGGCGCGUAUUGGUGAUGCCGUUGACGGUGUGAGCUACCGCAAGCCGGCACUCUCAAUACCGUGCGCGGACGGCUCUGUUUUGGAUUUGUUGAGGGUGCAGCCGCCGAACAAGAAGGCGAUGGACGCGGCGUCGUUCUGGAACGGGCUGCGCGGGGCGGAGCUGGAGUUUUUGGGGCUCGAGGACCCAUGAUAAACUGAC